CGAUUCACCAUGGCAAUGGCGGACUUCAAGCUUCACCGUCUUCUUCCCGCUUUUCUCUCUCUGUUUAUUCUACUUAUUCCUUCAGUGAUUGCUGCAGGCUGCCAAUGUCCUGAAGAAGAAGAAGACGGAGGCGUUCGAAACAAAACCCUAGCCCUCAAAUACAAAAUCGUCGCCAUAGCUACGAUUCUUCUCGCUGGAAUCCUUGGGGUGUUUAUUCCCUUACUCGGGAGGGCAUUGCCGGCGUUGAGUCCGGACAAGGAUAUUUUCUUUGUCGUUAAAGCCUUCGCGGCUGGUGUCAUAUUGGCCACCGGAUUCAUCCACGUCCUUCCUGAUGCCUACGAGAAUCUGACGUCGCCGAAACUGAAACAGAAUCCUUGGGCGAAGUUUCCGUUCACCGGCUUGGUGUCUAUGGUGGCUGCCAUUGCCACUUUGAUGGUGGACGCCGGUGCCAGUUCUUAUUUCACUCGACUGAAUCUGAAUAAGGCUCAGCCUGAGACGGACGGCGAUGGAGAGAUGCAUCCUGCAUGUCACGCUCAUGGCUCUGCCAAAGUCGUCGGAUCAUCCACGGAGAUUCUCCGGCAUCGGGUGAUCUCUCAGGUACUAGAGCUUGGAAUUGUGGUACAUUCGGUAAUUAUAGGGAUUGGUAUGGGUGUUUCUGAAACUCCAAGUACAAUAAAACCUCUUGUGGCGGCCAUCACUUUUCAUCAGUUAUUUGAAGGUAUGGGCCUAGGAGGAUGCAUCGCCCAGGCAAAGCUCAGAACCAGGGCAGCGGUGAUAAUGGCAGUUUUCUUCUGCCUGACAACGCCAAUUGGGAUAGCAAUAGGCAUUGGAGUAACCAACAGCUACGACGAAGAUAGCCCAAAAGCACUCAUAGUUGAGGGGAUUCUGAAUGCAGCCUCCGCUGGUAUCUUAAUCUAUAUGGCUCUUGUGGACUUUCUGGCUGCUGAUUUUAUGAGCCUUAGAAUGCAGAGCAAUGCAAAGCUUCAAUUCUUUGCCAAUGUUGCUCUUAUUCUUGGAGCUGCUUUGAUGUCUUUACUUGCCAUAUGGGCUUGAAACUCGUACCAAUCUUCCCACCCAAAAUCACUUCAAGUACUUGUUAGAACAUACGACUUCAAGCAUUCUAGUAUACAAUAAACAGCGUUCGACACGCUAUAAGCCUCGUGUUAUUUAGUCUACAAUUUAGAGAGCUUGAUGUGCAGUGUAGAGUUGUUCGAUAUGAAGUUAUAAAGUCCAUGUUUAUCUUAUAUA